GUACAUGCGCACAAGCCCCACUUCAUGGCUUUACACUGUCAGGAGUUCGGAGGAAAAAACUAUGAAGCUUCCAUGUCUCACGUGGACAAGUUCGUUAAAGAACUGUUGUCGAGUGAUGCAAUGAAAGACUACAACAGAGCUCGAGUGUACCUGGAUGAGAACUAUAAAUCGCAGGAACAUUUUACGGCUCUAGGAAGUUUUUACUUUCUUCAUGAAUCCUUGAAAAACAUCUAUCAGUUUGAUUUUAAAGCUAAGAAGUAUAAAAAGGUUACUGGGAAAGAAAUCUACUCAGACACUUUAGAAAGCACGCCCAUGCUGGAAAAAGAGAAGUUUCCACAGGAUUAUUUCCCUGAGUGCAAGUGGUCCAGAAAAGGUUUCAUCCGAACAAGAUGGUGUAUUACUGACUGUGCCUUUGACUUGGUAAACAUUCAUCUUUUCCAUGAUGCUUCCAAUUUAAUUGCUUGGGAAACAAGCCCAUCGGUUUACUCAGGAAUACGGCAUAAGGCUCUUGGCUAUGUACUUGAUAGAAUCAUAGAUCAGCGGUUUGAGAAAGUUUCAUAUUUUGUCUUCGGAGAUUUCAACUUCAGACUGGAUGCCAAAGCAGUAGUAGAGACGCUGUGUGCAAAGGCAACGAUGCAGACGAUCCGAGCGGCCGACACAAACGAAGUCGUCAAGCUCAUAUUCCGCGAAUCUGAUAAUGAUCGAAAGGUUAUGCUGCAGCUAGAAAAGAAGCUCUUUGACUAUUUUAAUCAAGACGUUUUUAGAGAUAACAAUGGCACUGCGCUUUUAGAAUUUGACAGAGAGUUGUCAGUCUUUAAAGACAGAUUGUAUGAACUGGAUAUCUCAUUUCCUCCCAGUUACCCAUACAGUGAAGACUCCAGCCAGGGAAAGCAGUACAUGAACACCAGAUGUCCAGCGUGGUGCGACAGGAUUUUGAUGUCACACUCUGCCAAGGAGCUCAUCCUUAAGUCAGAAAAUGAUGAGAAGAUAGUAAUAUAUGACCACAUUGGGCCAAAUGUCUGCAUGGGGGAUCACAAGCCUGUGUUCCUGUCCUUUCGAAUAGCCACUGGGGCAGGUAAACCUAUUGCAAAUGUGCACAAGUGUUGUGUCGUGCAGUGAUGUGGUGGAAAAAGAUGCCUCCGGAACGAGAAGAUUUUCCGUGCGACCACACUGUAGCAAGGAGGGAAGGGCAGCGCAGCAUGCUGAGAUACAUAACCACAACAGCCGUGUUGGUAAAUCGGGUGCCACAUGUUAGACUGCUGAUCGUACACUAUGCUUCAGCAUCCGGACUUUUGGAGAGAAGCCUCACAUACCUCACUGUCUUGUAUGUUCAUGUGACAUCGAGUAGAAACGUGGAAUUAUUUUUUUUUAUAUAUAUGUCACGAUUCUGUUGCCAAAACUCUAAAUAGACAGCAGAGAUGUUAUGUAUUUUAGAUUUCACAACUUUCAACUUUUAAUAAGUGUUUGUCAAUGUGGAAAAGCUACUUCAGCGUAUUAUAAACUUUUAAAGGUGUCAUGCCUAACAUUAUAUAUCUUUACCACUUUGGGGUUUUGUACAUUGGAUUGUAUAGAUAGAGAUAUCGAUGGUUUUAAAUGGUGUUUUCUUUGUUUUGACCAAGGCUUAUGGUUUGUGUUUUAGUUUUAGUAUUUUGUUUUCAUUUUUAUAGAUUUUUUUUCUCAUAUUAUUUACUAUACUGCCAUGUUACAUGGUUUUUGAAUCACACAGCAGCUGCUUUCUAUACCUACAUAUAUAUAUAUAUAUGUGUGUGUGUGUGUAUAUAUAU